GUAUGUACAUAUAAUAUAGCAGUAGUUUCUAACAGGUUUAAAUAGGUUUUAAUUGGCGGUACUUUCAGGACUAACAGACAGACGCUGAGUCGACAGGCUGGACUUGUUGCUGACAGACAGGAAGUCGCCCAAACGCCUGUUUUUAACGGAGAUAUUUCAGACAUGUUUUGUUGCUGUAGUCCUGAGACAGCAUAAAGACGUGUGUCACUCGGCUGCAACUCUAUAUCCUGUUCUAUGUGUGUUUUCACCACAGGAUCCUUGUUUAGAUCCCAGGGCUGCAGUCACGAGUUGCUCAUGACACACAGUCAUUUCCUGCGAACUACCACACUGCUCCAUCACCUACAGCCUGCCCCGGACCACAGCGCUGAUAUGUGCAUCUGUAUUCUGCUUUAGCUUCGUUCCCGAGACACACAAUGCUUUCCUUUGAGCAGCUGAAGCAGAGAUUAGAGAGCGCAGGACAGCCUCACGUCCUGCAGUUCUGGUCGGAGCUUUGUGAGGAAGACAGGGACACUUUCCUCCAGGAGCUGUCUCAGCUGGACCUAAAGGGGCUGAAGGAUCACUGCGAGGGAGCUGUGAGGGCUGCAGACUCCCCGUCCGCCAACCUGGAUCAACACAUACAGCCUGUACCUCCAGAGUCCAUCGGCAGUGUGAGGAAAAGUGACAAAAGCUGUCUGGCAGAGUGGGAAAAUGAAGGGCUACUGCAAAUCUCACAGAGUCGAGUUGGAGUUCUGCUCUUGGCCGGUGGUCAGGGGACCCGUCUUGGUGUUCAGUAUCCCAAAGGGAUGUACAAUGUUGGGCUACCAAGUGGUAAAACCUUGUAUCAAAUCCAGGCAGAGCGUAUUCACAAAAUCCAGGAGCUGUCCAACAGAAAGCAUGGCUGCAAAUGCACCGUUCCAUGGUACAUAAUGACCAGUGAGUUCACUCUGGCUCCCACUAAGAAGUUCUUCAAGGAGAACAACUACUUUGAUCUGGAUCCAUCAAACAUCGUCAUGUUCGAGCAAAGGAUGAUCCCAGCAGUGACCUUUGAUGGAAAGGUGAUCCUGCAGGGUAAAGGGAAGAUAGCCAUGGCCCCAGAUGGGAAUGGCGGUCUGUACCAAGCGUUGGUGGACAACAAGGUGCUGGAGGACAUGAAGAAGAGGGGAGUGGAGUACCUGCAUGUGUACUGUGUGGACAACAUCCUGGUCAAGAUGGCCGACCCUGUGUUCAUUGGGUUCUGUGUGAGCAGAGGGGCUGACUGUGGAGCCAAGGUGGUGGAGAAGGCCUACCCCGCAGAGCCUGUGGGGGUGGUUUGCAAGGUUCAAGGUGUCUCCCAGGUGGUGGAGUACAGUGAGUUCCAGCCACAGACGGCUGAGCUUCGAGGACCUGGUGGAGAGUUGGUGUACAGUGCUGGAAACAUUUGCAAUCACUUAUUUACCAGAGCCUUCCUGCAGGAUGUAGCAGAGAAAUUUAAAGACCAGCUGAAACAACAUGUUGCACUCAAGAAAGUGCCCUUUGUGGACUCAUGUGGCAAUCAUGUCAAACCCACCAAACCCAAUGGCAUAAAGAUGGAGAAGUUUGUUUUUGAUGUGUUUCCAUUCUCAAGGAACUUUGUUGUGUUUGAGGUUGUGAGGGAGGAUGAGUUUUCCCCCCUGAAGAAUGCAGACGGAGCAGCCACAGACACCCCCACCACGGCCAGAAACUCUUUGCUGGCUCAGCACUGUCGCUGGGCGAUGGCUGCAGGAGCCACGCUGCUGGAUGAACAUGGGAAUACUCUUCCUCCUGCAGCCAGGUCAGAGGAAAAUCUUCUGAUAUACAGCCUGCGGAAAAGCACAGGUGGAACCAAAUACAUGAAAAAAGUCUGCUGUGAGAAUUCUACUAGUCUGGUGAUAGACAUUCUUCCUGAGCCUCUCAGUGCUGGUCUGGUGUAUCCAGAAUCUUCUUCAUGUGCAUCAGCAGGAGACAGUCCUCCUACUCAAUGGGAAAUUUCACCACUCGUCUCUUACUUUGGAGAGGGGCUGGAGAAACUGCUGGGAGGGAGGACUCUGCCAACUCCUUUCAUUCUGGAUGAAAAAAGGGCCAAAGAGCUGCAGGCUCAGUAACAAUUCUCACUGUAACAGAGGACUGAGAGAUGGCAGCAGAGAUUUCAGAGCAGUGGAGUACAGAAUGGAGAUGACUAGCCUGGAUAGACCCAAAAAUAUCACUAUUAUUUAAAUUCAUUUUGGACUGUAAAUGAACAUCAUAUCAUAUCAUAUCAUAUCAUAUCAUAUCAUAUUAGAUCAGAUCAUGUCAUUUUAUGCAUAUCAUGUAAUUGUCUCUUUAUUGAGGAGAACUUUAAAAUAAAUAAGGAUAAUGAAAUACCUCA